AUGGAGAAUUUUUGGAUGUACCAGUUCGAGUGUCACGAUGAAGAGUCCCCGUCUCCUGGCAGUUCCCCUCCCCUGGGGGCAGAGUCUUCGAGCAUACCCCUUCACCCCAGCGACCCCGCGGAGGCCUCCUCGAAUAAAGAGUCAAGAAAAAGCUUGGCUUCAUUCCCAACCUACGUUGAAGUUCCCGGACCCUGUGACCCCGAAGACUUGAUCGAUGGGAUCAUUUUUGCUGCCAAUUACCUUGGCUCCACCCAGCUGCUCUCCGACAAAACUCCCUCCAAAAACGUGCGCAUGAUGCAGGCCCAGGAAGCCGUGAGCAGGAUCAAGAUGGCCCAGAAAUUAGCCAAAAGCAGAAAGAAGGCUCCCGAAGGGGAAUCUCAGCCGAUGACCGAGGUGGAUCUCUUCAUUUCUACCCAGAGAAUCAAAGUACUGAAUGCCGACACACAGGAGACGAUGAUGGACCACCCUCUGAGGACCAUUUCCUAUAUAGCAGACAUCGGGAACAUCGUCGUACUGAUGGCCCGCAGGCGGAUGCCCCGCUCCAACUCCCAGGAGAAUGUGGAAGCCUCCCACCCAUCCCAGGAUGGAAAAAGGCAGUACAAGAUGAUAUGCCACGUCUUUGAGUCUGAGGAUGCCCAGCUGAUCGCACAGUCCAUCGGGCAGGCCUUCAGCGUGGCAUACCAGGAAUUCCUCAGGGCCAACGGGAUUAACCCUGAAGACCUCAGCCAGAAGGAGUACAGUGACCUGCUCAACACCCAGGACAUGUACAACGACGACCUCAUCCACUUCUCCAAGUCGGAAAACUGCAAGGAUGUCUUCAUAGAGAAGCAGAAAGGAGAAAUCCUGGGUGUAGUGAUUGUGGAGUCUGGCUGGGGGUCCAUCUUGCCAACGGUGAUCAUCGCCAACAUGAUGCAUGGAGGCCCCGCCGAGAAAUCGGGGAAGCUGAAUAUCGGGGACCAGAUCAUGUCCAUAAAUGGCACCAGCCUGGUGGGCUUACCUCUGUCCACCUGCCAGAGCAUUAUUAAGGGUUUGAAGAAUCAGCCCCGGGUCAAGCUGAACAUCGUGAGGUGUCCUCCAGUGACGACCGUGUUGAUCAGGAGACCGGACCUCCGCUACCAGCUGGGUUUCAGCGUCCAGAAUGGAAUCAUCUGCAGCCUCAUGCGAGGGGGCAUAGCCGAGAGAGGCGGCGUCCGCGUGGGACAUCGGAUCAUCGAGAUCAACGGGCAGAGUGUGGUGGCCACGCCUCACGAGAAGAUCGUCCACAUCCUCUCCAAUGCGGUGGGGGAGAUUCACAUGAAGACGAUGCCGGCUGCCAUGUACCGACUGCUGACGGCCCAGGAGCAACCCGUUUACAUCUGA